UGGAUAGCAGCGACGCAUCGUUCGCUGCUUUCGCAUUUGUUGUGGCAUCGCGAAAACAUUCCACUUUGGGCAGCUCAACCAAUUGGACGUGCUCCAUCUUUCGCUCGCGUUCUCCCUCUCGCUCUCUACUUUAACUAUUAUAAAAUGUUCGAUUUCAAUUUGGAAUUUGCGCGUGGCGGCGCCUUCUUCACCAGCGAGCUGUUCCAGCUGCUCGCAGCCGGCGGACUUAAGCAAAACAUCGUCUUCUCUCCAUUCUCGAUACAAACCUGCCUGGCCUUGGCAUUCGCUGGCGCCCAGGGCGAGACAGCGGAUGAGAUAGCCAAGGGAUUGCGUUUCGUCUCCAACUUCCCGCCUGAGGUUGCUCAAACCUUUCAGUUUGUGCUGCAGAAGUACAAGGACAGCGAUCUGCUGAAGGUGGCCAACAAGCUGUACGUGCAGCAGGGCAAGCAGCUGAAGGCCAGCUACGAGGCUACGAUCAAGCAGGACUACAACUCAGAGGCGGAGUCCAUUAACUUUGCACUGAGCGAUGCGGCUGCCCAGCAGAUCAACGGCUGGGUGAAUGCCAAGACCGAGGGCAAGAUCACCGAACUGGUCUCGGCGGACUGCUUCGAUGACAACACACGUCUGGUGCUCCUCAAUGCGCUCCACUUCAAGGGCAGCUGGGCCAACAGAUUCGAUGAGGCCAGCACCGCCGAGGACGACUUCUGGACAUCCGAGGAGCAGAGCGUUAAGAUUCAAUAUAUGAAUCAGAAGGCCAAAUUUGGCUAUGGCUACUUUGAGGAGCUCAACUGCACUGCCUUAGAUAUGCCCUACAAGGACUCCGAUUUGUCCAUGUUUGUGCUGUUGCCGCAGGAGCGCGAAGGUCUCAAGGAUCUGGCCGAGAAGCUGAAGGGCGUAAAUCUGGUCGAUUUGGCCGGUAAACUGAAUGUGGAGGAGGUGCAGGUGAAAUUCCCCAAAUUCAAGGCCGACUACUCCAUCGAAUUGGCCGACAAACUGAAGCAGCUUGGCAUUACGAAAAUGUUUGAUGAGGGUGCCGAUUUCAAUAAUCUGCUGGAAUCCCCUGAAGGCAUUUUCGUCUCGAAAGUCUUGCACAAGGCGACGAUUGAGGUGAACGAGGAGGGCACCGAGGCGGCUGCUGCCACCGGCAUGAUCAUGAUGACGCGCAUGAUGAUGCUGCCACUGCAGUUCCAGGCGGAUCGUCCAUUCCUCUAUGUCAUCUGGAACAAGAAGAAUAUUGUUUUUGCCGGCGCUUUUGUCACUGCACCAAGUGCUUAAAA